CAAACCCGUGAGGGAGUCAUUUCAUUGGAACUUGAAUCGGCAAAGAAGUCAAGAUGGCCCAAUGUCCGAACAUGCUCGAAGACCUGAAGAGCUGUUACAGUGAAAAUGAAGAAUAUGCUUCUGCCAUUGACCAUCUCUCUCUGAAUCAGAAAUCCUUCUAUGACACAAACUAUGAUCCGCUCCACGAGAACCGUGUGGAUAAGCCAGUGUCUCCGAAUCCCUACGAAAACUCAGAGGAAUCCAAUUUUACCCUCGAGGACAGCUCGGACAGCUCAGCGGUGGUGUUAACAUCAGCCCAUGGGGAGGUUCUGAAGAAGAGAAGGCUGAGUUUAAAUCAGACCAUGUCUAAUGAAGAUCUGGAAGCCAUCGCCAAUGAUUCGGAAGAAGAAAUCAUCGAGCCAUGGUCAGUACCCUACAGCUUCCAGAGCAAUCUGAAAUUCAAAUACCAGAGAUCUAUCAAAAAGGGAGCUGUCAUAACUGAUGCCAUGCACCAAAGCUUAAUUCGAGAAUCAAAUGGUCAACACCUCAAAGCCAUGCAUGUGGUCGAUCGGAAACAUGAAGUGAAAUUUGACAUAGAUGGUUACGUAUCUACAGCAACCCGAAUAAGACCUGUGACUCUAAAAAUCUCAAAAACCCAACUGUAUGUAUGUGCCCAGGAGGAAGGCCAGCCCGUGUUGCUGAAGGAGAUGCCUGAGACACCAAGAGUCAUCACAGGUAAUGACGUCAACCUGGUCUUCUUCUGGGAAAUUCAAAGAAAUCAUAACUUCUUCAGGUCGGCUGCCAAUACAGAUUUAUUCAUUGCCACAAAGAUGACAGGUCCGGUGCACAUGGCCAAGACACUGCCCUCCAUGUUGGACUUUCAGAUAUCCUAAGAUCAGCCUCAACUCUGGAGUCUGUUAGUCUGUAUGUACCAUGUACAUGAAGAAGUCAAGCUCUUUACUCUUACUCAUUUGCUGAGCAUGUGCUGAGCCUUGGUAAUCCUAAAUGAAUGUUUACCCUCUUUGUAAGAGAAGGGAAUUUCUAAGAGAACCAACAUUAACAUAUAAUGCUAUCUGUUACUUAAAGAACACCCUAUACUUUGCACAGUACCAAUCAUUUUAAUUAUCAUUCUUCAUAACAUUCACAGGAAGACCAGAGUUACUGACAGCAGCUACCAAAAAGACUCUACUCAUAUGACAAGCAGGUUAACCGAGGCAUAGGAAAACUAAAAAAUAAUAAUAUUCCAUAUAGCAGCUAGAGUGAGAAACCACAGGCCUAGGAUUUCAUUCCAACUCUGUGCCUUCUGCUUCUAAAUUGAUCACAGACACUUAAUCAAAUAGGAAUAGUUGCUAGGAUCUUUGUUUUACCAUUUUCAAAAGGGAGAGAAUGAUACCUGUAUCUUUCCUGCCUCAGUGUUUUUUUAAUGUCAAACAGUAAGGUCAUUUUAGUCAGAUAACUCUUGAAGCUGAGCCUCAAGAAGACAGACCACAGAAUGUUAUUUUUAAGUUAUUUAUAUAAGUAUUUAUAUAUAUAUUUAAGAUAAUUAUAUUACUAUAUUUAUGGCAGCUCCUUGCAUCCCCUGGGAGUGACCACACAUGCUCAACAAAUGUAGAGUUUCUAGGCUGAGUGAGUUAGAGGGAGUACUCCAGAGAAUGUAGGUCCAAGUAAUGCUUUCUCCGUAGCCAUGAAGCUCUAUGUUCUGGGACUUAGGAGCCUUACAAUUAUGACAAUAGAUUUAUGUUAAUUAUUUUUCUUGAGAUGAUACUUGAACCAAUAUUUCAUUCUUGCCUUGGCAUUCUUCUGUUAUUUAACUUGAUGCAUAUACUGAACUAAUUAAAAUGAGAGGAAUUUAACUUUGGCAACCAUGGAACCAUUGUUAUCUAAACUUUCUUUUCUGAAAUGUAAUCAUCUCAAUCAUAUUUGAAUAAAACGACAAAUUUGAUUGGA